AUGACAUUGCAGACCUGGGAGAUCUGCGUACCCGCCGAUCUUGUCACGGUAGCCGAAAAGCUUUUUCGAUCGGACGAUGCCUUCGCUUCACUCGAGCCGAAAAAGCCUGCGCCAGUUUCUCGGAUACAUGCGUAUAGUCGAUUCGGAACGUGCGGAAGCAACCACGAAUUUCUCAUUAUACCUGACUGCGAUGUGCAUUUGGACUGCCGUUCUAUUGAUGUAACUCACAGCCUUCGUGGGCUACCAUACCCCAGUCUGAAAGACUUCGCUCAGAGCUGCAUAGACCGCCGCAGUCAUGUAGAACUGUGCGAUUUUGUUGACGGAACCAAUCUAUCCGAGGAGUGGGGAGAAAAGAAUCUGGAUUUGAACGGCAUGCACGAUGUUCGGUGGGUACGGGACAUGCAAGCCAAGGAGGGCGUCUGCCCACGGUGGUGGCCAACGCGUCCGAAGAAGAAGCGGGAGAUCUGGCAGUCGUAUGUGCGAACGAAGGAGCAGAGACUGGACUGCUCGCGACCACCGUCAAGGUACGUCACUCAGUAUCGGCAUAUAGGCUCAGAAGACCCCUGGACUAUGCUGUCGGAUGCGUCAUGA